CGCCUCUUGUUUGGUUUGCCGUCAACAACAUUCGCGGAGCGCGUUCGUGUAUUCAGCCAUCGAUCCCCGAAACUUGCGAGAUGCCCGUGUUCUCGGAGUGCUUGGGGACUAUCGGGGCCACUCUGUCCUCACCGACGUGGGUCCUCCUCGUCACUUUCCUCGUCCUGCUGAGCUGGUACAGUGUUUCAUCAUUUGGGACUUUUAAACAGCUUGGAAUUCCAGGGCCAAGGCCAGUACCAUUCUUCGGAACAUUCUUGCAUUACAGAAAAGGUUUUUUUAACUUUGAUCAAGAAUGCUACAAAAAGUAUGGAAAAUUCUGGGGGAUUUUUGAUGGGCAAAAGCCUCUUCUCUGCAUUAUGGACCCUGACCUGAUUAAAUUGAUCUGUAUAAAAGAAUUCUACACAUUGUUUACCAACAGGCAGGAUUUUGGUCUGGAUGGUCCGUUUAAGGAAUCUGUCCUGGUUAUCCAGGAUGAGCGAUGGAAGACAGUCCGAAGCAUUCUUUCACCAACAUUCAGCAGUGGGAGGCUUAAAGAGAUGCAUCCAAUAAUUUGUCAUUAUGCAAACAAACUUGUGAAAUUGGCUGAAAAAAAGGUGAAGAUGAAUGAAGUUGUCCAACUGAAGGAAUUUUUUGGAGCAUACAGUCUGGACGUGGUCACUAGUACAUCAUUCAGUGUGGAUGUUGACUCCAUCAACAACCCCAAUGAUCCAUUUCUCAAAAAUGCCAGGAAACUUGCUGAUUUUUCCCUCUUCAAUCCGCUGAUAUUUUUGAUUUUGCUGUUUCCUCCACUUGUUCCAAUCUUGGAUAAAUUCGGUAUCUCCCUCUUGCCAAAAGAUGUGAAUGACUUUUUCAUGAGAGUCAUACUAAAUAUGAAAGAAAAGAGGCAGAAAGGUGUACACAAUGAUCGGGUGGAUUUUCUGCACCUGCUGGUUGAUUCUCAAGCAACAGCCACUAACUCAGAGCAGCAGAAUGAUGCCAACAAUUCAGCGCAUAAAACUCUUACUGACUCGGAGAUUAUGGCACAGUGCAUCACUUUUGUCUUUGCUGGGUAUGAGACUACCAGUAACACGCUUUCAUACUUGGGAUACAAUCUGGCCAUGCAUCCAGAUGUGCAGAAGAAAUUGCAGCAGGAAAUAGAUGAGGCUUUUCCUAACCAAGCUCCGCCCACGUAUGAUGGUGUGAUGCAUCUGGAGUACCUGGAAAUGGUGAUAUCUGAAACACUGAGGUUAUACCCUCCUGUAUCCCGUUUGGAUAGAGUCUGCAAGAAAGAUGUCAAACUCAAUGGAGUGACAAUUCCAAAGGACACUGUAGUUGUGGUGCCUGCUUACGUCUUGCACCGUGAUCCAAAGUACUGGGAAGAACCUGAAGAAUUCAGACCUGAGAGGUUCAGUAAAGAGGAGAGUAUGUCUCGGAAUCCUUCCACCUUCCUGCCAUUUGGGAUGGGUCCUCGAAACUGCAUUGGGAUGCGGUUUGCUCAACUUAUGAUGAAGGUCAUCGUAGUUUUACUCCUGCAGCGGCUGACUCUUGUGCCAUGUGACGAGACACCAAUCCCAUUGGAAAUAGAUGUGAAAGGACCCUUGCAUCCAAAAAAACCAAUAAUUCUGAAAUUUGUGCCACGAAUAGAUACUGAUUCAAAGGAAUAAAACUGAAGAAUUAUUAGCAGCUAUGAAAUAUUUGGAGUAUGUAUAUCUCAAACUACUGAAAUUAUCUUCUUUCCUAACACUUUAAAGCAAAAUAUAUACAAACGUAAUGCGCUUUUAAAUAUAUGUAGUAUAGUUAAGUAAAGCUAAGCAUCCAAACACCAUUUUGUUGUUGAGGCUGAAUAUUGAGGAAAAUGCUAAUGUUCACAGGAAUGCUAUUACUGUGAUUGUUCCAUUAAUUAUUGCUGAUGGUUGAAUAGAAUUUCGCAUAAAAUGUUUAAAAAUUUCAAAAUUGAAAUGAAUCAUCUCUGAAACUUCUAAAACUAUUUUUAUGCUUAAACUUUUUCUGUAAAAACUGUAUCAGUUAAUACUUGGCAAACUAAUUUUUGAUUAUAAGU